ACAGAAAAAUUAUUAGUAUCCAACUGAGUUCUAUGAGAAUAACAUGGAAUCUUUCGGUUUAUUUAACGGUCCCGUGAGAAUCAAAAAGGAGUCCUUGGACGAGUCAUUUGAAGAAAAUGAUGAGCACGGAAUAACGGAAAAGACAUCCACCAUCCAAAACUUUCGGACCUCUAGAUUUGUGCAAGAGAAUUGGACCUACGGGCUUCAAAAAUAUGACGAAACUCAUGAAAUGGAAUUGGAUGAUGUGAGAAUUGAAAUUGAAUGUCAGGACGAGAAGCCCAAGUUGAAUUCUUUGCUGAAAAUUGAAGAUGGUUCUCCAAAUUAUUUGCAAGUUAUGGACAGUGAUUGGGCAGAAGGAAAAGAUAUAAAAAAAGAAGGCGUGGUAGAAGUGAAAAAAGAAUUAAUUGAAGAUAACUUGGUAAAAAAUGACAAGUGCGAUUUAGGUCGGCAAAAGAAAUUAAGAAAAAGCAUUGAUACGAGGCCUAAAGGUGUUACUUUUCCUUGUCAUAAAUGUAAAAAGACAUUUAAACAUAAGCCAAGUCUUAAACGUCACAUCGAAUCAGUCCAUGAUGGUAUCACCCACAGAUGUGAUAUAUGCGGAAAGUCAUUUGCUAAUCAAGGCAAUCUCAAAAAACACAUCGAUUCAGUGCACAACAAAAUAACUCAUAAAUGUGAUGUAUGUGGAAAGACGUUCCCAUAUAAGUAUGAUCUCAAAAUACACAUCGAUUCAGUGCACAACAAAAUAACUCAUAAAUGUGAUAUUUGCGAAAAGAAUUUCUCAACAAAGCGUUAUCUUAAAAAUCACGUCAAUGUAAUUCAUCAUGGUACCACACAUGCCUGUGAUAUUUGCCAAAAGACGUUCUCACAAAAAAGCUAUCUCAAGAUCCACAUAAAUUCGAAGCAUCGUGGUAUUAGACAUUCUUGCGAUGUAUGCGCAAAAAAAUUCUCAACGAAGAAUAAACUUAAAGACCACGUCGAUAUAAUGCAUAAUGGUGUCAAGCAUACAUGUAAUAUAUGCGGAAAGAAAUUCACACGAAAGGAUAACCUCAAAGUCCACAUUGAAGGAUUUCACAAUGGUAUCAAUCAUUCGUGUAAUAUAUGUGGCAAGAAAUUUUUGCAUAAGGGUAAUCUGAAUAUGCACGUCAAAUCUUCGCAUCGCAGUAACUAAAAAGACUGAAAAAUCUUAAAAUGCAUAUGUAGAUACGAUGCAUAUAAUAAUGUUAAUUUCGCAUGAAUAUGCAUAGGGACACGAUGACAAAUUAGUAAUUUCAAACGUCACGUAUCGAUACAGUUUGAAGUGGUACCAGCCAUGAAUAAAGUAAUUAUAUUAAAUUGGAAAAUCAAGCCAAAAAUUAAUAUCGAAGCAGUGACUACAGGCAGCUUCAACUGCAAAGUAUCACGACAAGU